GCGAAGCUGAGAUUAAAGCGAGAAGAAGAAAAAAAGUUUUCGUUUCUCUUUCUUUGUCUCUCAUGUCCAAGCCGAGUGUAUAAAGUUCAACUUAAGUAGUGAAGAAGAAAACGCUAAAGCUUCAAGACGCGAGAAUUAAGUGUAAGGAAAAAAAAUAAUAUUUUUAUUUUUUGAGCAACGUUUUACAAUUCCAUCAACACAGCAGCGUACAUUGCUUACAAAAGAGUUGACUUCAUAAUUUUAUAAUCAAAUAUUGCAAAGAUGUUCUCAACUUCAAUCUACAGAGAAGUGUCAAGCACAACAAGUUUAUUCCAACAACAACCGAACUACGACUUAAACGCUUUCUUAAGUGACAACAAUUCAACAUCCUAUGGUAUCGACAGUUUUGAUCUUUCACUCUUGGGAUCUGAUUACUCAUUCGACAAUUAUCAAAAUCCACAAAUUAAAUGUGAAGAUGUCGUCAUACCGUCAAUUGAAACGGCUAACAAUUUAACAUUGUCGAUAGAAAUUGAUAACAGCGGUUAUCAAUAUCCUACGCAAACCCAAUUAAAGCAGGAAGAUAACCUGGAUUGGAAGCAGCAACAGUACUAUUUACAGUCAUCCUCAUUGCUUUCACCAAUCAGUCCAGCUACAACCAUUAACAGUUCACCAUCGCCUUGUCCGUCUGUUGAAUAUUCGACGAAUAUCAAGCAAGAGCAACAACUUUUAUUGCCACCAUCACCGCCUGAUUCUAAUGGUGUUCCAUCACCACAAAGCAUCCAUUGUUGUGAUAACUUUAAAGUUGAACAGUUUGACGAUCAAACUUAUUCAGUGUUGAGCCCCAAUUGUGCUGAGAAUUCAAUCGAUAUAAAGUAUUUACUUGAAUCAACGACGAGUGGUAAACAAAAGCAGCAAGAUCAUCAAGUUUUACGUGAAUUUCUUCAAGAUACUUCUUUCCAACGCAAACAUAAUUUAAAACCUUUGGCGCUGGAGUCUUUGUUCGGUGGAUUGACUCAGCAAGGCGACAUUGAGCCAGUCAUUUCACUCGCCCUUCAACAUGCGAAACAGGAAGUUCAAGCGACAUGUAGUGCUUUGAAGAUCUCGCCAGAUCCCCAACAAUGGACUGAACAGCAAGUGCAGUUAUGGAUCAAUUCGACAAUCAAGCAAUUCAAACUCGAAUCAACUGGCAACUUUGAACUUUUGUUUCCCGAAAAUGGUCAAAUGUUUGCUAUGCUGAGUGAUGAAGAAUUCAUUCAUCGUGCCCCACAGAUUGGCAGCAUUUUACAUGCGCAGUUAGAAAUAUGGAAGGCAGCUUAUGUCGAUGCUUCGUAUAAUGAUAGCAAUGUUUUGACGUCAUCAACAGCCGUUGGAACGUCGUCUACAGCAAACACAGCUGGCUCGUCUAUCAACUCAAAUUUAUCGCAGACUUCUUUAUGGAAUCAAAUGCUUAAUGAUGACAGCGAAAUAAGUGACGAUGACGAUUCUGAUUUACCUAUGGAAGUUGAUUUGAGUGCUUCACCAACAACGAAAUCACUUGCAGAUGCGACUGAUGUGCAAGGUGAAACAUCAAACACACCAACGACAGUGCCAACAAGUGGAAAAGCAAAAACACCGAAGAAACAUCACACUCAUUUGCAAAAGAAAGGCGCUCAAUCAUCUCACAUUCAUUUAUGGCAGUUUUUAAAGGAAUUAUUGGCAACACCUCAGGCUCACGGUACCGCUAUUCGUUGGCUUGAUCGCUCGAAAGGAAUCUUCAAGAUCGAAGAUUCUGUAAGAGUAGCGAGAUUAUGGGGACGUCGUAAGAACCGUCCCGCAAUGAACUACGACAAACUUUCACGCUCCAUCCGACAAUAUUACAAGAAAGGAAUCAUGAAGAAGACGGAGCGUUCACAACGCUUAGUCUAUCAAUUUUGUCAUCCAUACAGCUUGUAAGAUUAACUUAAUUGAAUACAAUUAACAAUUAAUCGUUAGUUUAUAAGCUUAUGGUGUGGAUGAUUGAAUGAUUGAGAUUAAGUGAUUUCAUAAGUUAAAAUUUUAAUUUUAUCUUUAUUCUUGUUAACGUCGAAGUUAAGAGUUUUGUUAUUUAGAAGAGUAAUUAAUAAGCUAUCGUCAAAUGGCAUUAGUAUGAUGUCAUAGUCGAUGUUUAGAAGUUUAUUUUUUAGUUGUCCUAUGACGUAGUUCAACAUAAGCACAACAAAUGGUGGGAAGGUAAUUUCUCAUUCCAUUUAUUCAAGAAAUUAACAUCCGAGUCCUGAAAAACAAAAGCAAAUGUAAAGUUUGCUGAUCAGCAGAGUUACCAACCGAGUAGAUUCUAAAUCGCAUUGGCGAUUGUAAGUUUUCUCUUUCGCAAAUCGUUGUCACACUCUCUCAAGAAGAAACAAAGUCAGAUAGAAUGCGGAUAUACGUGAGAUUACAUAUUUUUAUAUUUUCUGAAAAUGUGAAACUUGUUUGUGCCCGCGUUUAAUUCUUUCCCGGCUUUGUGUGUGUGUGUAUGUGCGAUUAGCAAGCGAAAUGAGUCGAAAGUGUUUGGUAAAAUUUUGUCCCAUAUAUCUAUGA